UAUCUUUAUUUUAGUGGUUCGGAGAAUGUCUUGGCAUGUUAGUUUGGGUGGAAAUAUCAUUUCCCUUUUCUAUUAGAAUUUUUCACUUCCACCGCAUUCUCUGAAGAAACCUCUUGCACUGUGGACGCAGCCUCCGCCGCGGGGCAUUACCGCCAUUGAAGCUGAUUCAUGCUUUUUUCACCGUUCCUCACAAGACCAGGUUUGAAGCUAUUGCCAUUGGAAAUUAGGACUUCUUUUUUGUUACUGAAAAAUUAGAGUAGACAAAAAAUGCUCAGACGGAGGCUAUCUGUUCUCUCAACAUCAAUCACCAGAAGCUCAAAUUAUAGCAAACCCAGUCUCGGAUACCCAUCUAUCCAAUCUCAUCCCUUUCAGCUCCCUCACUCUCCCAGUGCUUAUCAAAUAAUUAGUCCUAAUGCAUUCCCGGAUUUUCAAGGUUUUAGAGCUUACAGUCUUCUGAGCUUGAAUGAUCUGAGAGAUAAGGUUCCCAGAAAACAGCCGACGAGGAAGGGGCGUGGGAUUGGGUCUGGAAAGGGCAAGACUGCAGGGAGGGGUCACAAGGGUCAGAGAGCCAGAAAAGGUAUAAAAUUGGGGUUCGAAGGAGGUCAGACCCCUCUUCGCCGAAGAUUACCCAAACGUGGGUUCAAGAACCCAUUUAGCCUCACUUUUCAGCCAAUAGGUUUGGGGAAAAUUGCAAAGUUUAUUAAUGCUGGGAAGAUAGAUUCUUCUGAACUGAUUACAAUGAAAACACUAAAGGAUGCAGGGGUACUAGGGAAGCAAAUGAAAGAUGGAGUAAGAUUGAUGGGGCGUGGUUCUGAGCAGAUCAAGUGGCCAAUUCAUCUAGAGGUAUCAAGGGUUACUGUUAGGGCUAAGGAAGCAGUUGAAGCAGCUGGUGGGUCUGUGAGAAGGGUGUAUUACAAUAAGUUGGGCUUGAAGGCACUGGUGAAGCCUGAGUGGUUUGAAAAGAAAGGAAGAUUGCUGCCUAAAGCAGCUAGACCUCCUCCAAAGCAAAAGGAUAAAGUUGAUAGCAUUGGUCGGUUGCCUGCCCCAACAAAGCCAUUUCCAUUUUUAGUUGAAGCAAGCAAGGAUCUUCCAGUUCAGCAUCUUAGUUGAAUAACUAACAUUUUUGGCACCAGUUUUUAGGAUUUUGUAAUUCUGUGUGGUGCAAACGUCUGACUCACAAGUUUUUCAUGCAGUUCUUGCAAAUGCUCAGGUAGUUAAUUCAAGAAUGAGAUAAAUGAAUUUCCUUGGGGACAAAUGAAAGGGAGAAUCUUGUUUAUUAUUUAAUUUCUUUUAAGGAUUUGAUCUUCGUCACUCAGUUGAAAAGAGAGCCUUAGUUUCUUGUGUAUGUGUGCUUGGAGUAGGAUCUUAGCCCCUUCAUGAAGGGAAAAUUGCAAGAACAGUCUGCAAUGUUUAACUUUUCUCCGGAUAUGGAUGGUACUUGUCAAAUGACUUGGCUGAAUUUUAAUAAAUGGACGAUUGUUUCAAUCGGAAUUUGUAUUAAUAUACAUACGACUUGUUAUUA